AUCCCUAGAAUGCCGCCGGAAGUCCUGCCGCGGGAAGCCACAAGGCGCUGCCGUCAUGAAGGAGACGGCACCGGAAAGGGAAAAAACAAAGCGCCGGGAAGGAAGAGGGCGGGUCCUAGUCAACACUUUGAAAUAGGAAGCGCGAGAGGAGUAGGCAGAGGUCCCGUGGCCUGAGCGAAAGCUGCCCCUGGAGGCCUCUCCCGCCUCAUUCUCGGGGCUCCCGGGCAACCAUGGCCUACGCCUAUCUGUUCAAAUACAUCGUCAUCGGGGACUCCGGUGUUGGGAAAUCAUGCCUUUUGUUGCAGUUCACAGAUAAACGGUUCCUAUCUUCCCAUAACUUGACAGUUGGUGUGGAAUUUGGAUCGCGUAUGAUCACCAUAAAUGACAAAAAGAUUAAGCUGCAGAUUUGGGACACGGCUGGACAGGAAUCGUUCCGUUCCAUCGCCCGCUCAUACUACAGAGGAGCAGCUGGAGCACUGCUGGUCUAUGACAUUACCAAACGGGACACUUUUAACCACUUACACACCUGGCUGGAGGAUGCCCGAAAAAAUUCCAGUUCUCAUAUAGUGAUUGUGCUGGUUGGCAAUAAAAGUGAUCUGGAGGACCAGCGUGUUGUUCAGAGGGAAGAAGGUGAAGCUUUUGCUCGGGAACACGGAAUGGUUUUCUUGGAGACCUCAGCAAGAACAGCAACCAAUGUGGAAGAGGCCUUUAUCUGCAUUGCAAAAGGCAUCUACAGAAAGAUCUUGCGGGGCCAGUUUGAUCUUAACAGUGAGGGAAGCGGUGUCAAGAUCGGACCGCAGCCACUCUCCAUCAGACCGAGUGGAUCCACCAUCCGCUCGGGGUCUCAAGGCUCUGGAGACCGACUGGGAUGCUGCUGAGUUCCCUGAAAUCUAGCCAGAUCUAUUAAGGCUUGUGAAUGCACAGAUUAUGUUUCUUCACAUUGUACUGGGGCAGGGAAAUUCCCCUUCAGCCCUGUUGCAACCUACCUCUUCUCUCUACAUGUGAGGAUUGGGACCACCCUGGACCAAGAUUUGUCUCUGGCCAUCAGCAAUGUAUAAUGUGUUCCAGAACUUGUGGGCUUUAAGUUCACCUCCUGGCAUUCCUUAAGGGGGAAAGGCACUUCCCUGAGUCUGUGCUUUUCUUUGGGGUCACUGAACCCUGGGAAAUCAGCCCACCUUUUCUACCCCAGGUUUACAUUGCUUUCCUUCAUAUUAAAUGUUUCUGUGUUCAACUUU